CUUAUUCAUCCCUGAACACCGCUGUUUAACUGCUUUGAAACUUUUGAAUUGUUUACAAAAUGGAGUAAUGUCACUUAAAAAUCAUAUAAAAACUAUUAAAUUUAUUUUAUUUGUACGUUAUGAUAUAAGUGAGCUAUUUCAAUUAGUUUGAGUAUUCAUUCUAAGUCAAAAAUAUACAUUAAAUUUGUGACAAGUGAUAACAAUGGAGCGACCAUGUGAUAGAAUUUACAAAGCAAUUUUUUGUUGUUAUGUUUGAAAAAGGAGUGUUAUUUUAUGAAAUCAUCAAAAGAAAAUAAUGGACGAAUCUAAUGCGAUUGCAAAUAAAAGUGGAGGCCACACGAAAAACGAAAGAAACGAAUCAAAUUUUAGCAAUUGUAUUUCAAUGGAGAGAUUAAAGUCAACACAUCCAAAAAUGGAAGAAAUUCUACAAAGCAUAAACGAGUGCAAUAUAAUUCGUUACGCAUCUCAUAGAACUGCAUCAAAGAUACAAAUUUUACAGAAAAAUCUUCACAUGGAAAAUGUUCAGUUAAAAUUGAUUGCGGGUAUUUUUGAACGUCAUCGAUUGUCAGUGACUGAGAAUUCUGUAAAUUUAGAUUGCCAUGAAAUUGAGGAUGUGCUAUCGGAUAUAUUUUACGCUGCACAAAAAGAAGCUGGCAUUAAUUUUAAUGUUGAUCAAAUCACAAAAUUAGCAAUAAACUUUAUUUUUAAAAUAUUUCACAGAAACUACGAAGACAAUAUUUUAGUAUUUUCAGUGAAAGUUGUAUUGACAUUGAUGAGUUCAGCUAAACUAGAAGAAAAAUACGGUUAUUUGUUUCAUCAGCUCGCUGAUCAUAAUGCUUGUUUGUCCGAAGCUGCACUAUUUCAAUUGUUGACAAACAUUUGUAGAAUAAUGGAAAUGCUCGGUGAAAGUGUUGCUUAUGGAAAUCAUCUCAUUCGUUCAACUGUUGCUAAUUGUUUUAAAGAGUGUCAAGGAUCGCUUGGAAUAACUGAAGCGGAAUUUGCUAAAUGGUUAAUGGAAGAGCCUCCAUUAUUAUCGUGGAUUGCAACUCUAAAUCGAAUCAAAUCAGCCGAACAUAUUAUUCAUAAUAUUAAAUGUUCAACUUGUAAGUUGAAUCCAAUAUGUGGACCACGAUAUUCUUGUUUGAGAUGCGCAGGAUAUCAUCAAUGUCAAAAGUGCUUUUUAUUUGGUAAAACAUCAGGAAAACAUAAAUUGAAACAUCCAAUUCGAGAAUAUUGUAUAAAAGCAUCUAAUAAGGAAGUAACAAAAUUAGUUUUUGAAUUAUUGAGAAAUAAAUUAAUGCUUUGUCCUUCACGUUCUGUCAUCAGUUCUUUGGAAACGUCUCUGCCCGACAUGGAUGAUAGAAAUCGAAGAACAGCAUUGGAUGCCAUAUCAGUUAGAAGUACAAUUAAACGUAGAAUAUGCAAUGAUCCACAAAAAGAAUUACAAAAUAUUAUCAGUAGUCUAGAAGAGGAAAAUAGACAAUUGCAAACGGAAUUAUUAGAAAUAAGUGAUUCAAAAUUUGAAAGAUUGCAAAAUCAUCGAGUUGCCAUACAAUCACAAUUAGAGCGUCUUAAAGUUCUAAAGAAUUAUCUAUUUAAAAAUCAAACGGGAACAAAUUUAAUACAAAGUACACCAAUGAUUCAUCCGGCAGUAUCGCGAAUUACACGUUUACCCAUGGCAUUUGAAUUGAGUCCCAUUGUUCGUGAUAAAAAGUCUGAAAAUGAUAUUGAUGAUUCAUUAUAUCGACAACAAACAACGGAAAAAUUAUCAACAGAUUCAGCAUUUAAUGAAUUAUCGAUGGAAAAUCCUCAAAUUGAAUUAAGUACCUGGAUUGGAGGUGGUAAAUGUGAUUUUACACCAAAAGAAAGUGGAUUUUCACAAUGGUUGGGAUGUUCGUCAAAAGAAAAUAAUAGUCGACAUGGUGAGAAAAUAAUUUUUGACAAUAAUUUCACAUUAUCGAAAAAAUCAAAUUAUUUGUCACCAAAAAAUCUUCCACGUGACAAUUCAUUGUAUUCUAUUCAAAAAGGAAAAAAACCUUCUCAACGUAGUAGCAUUGAAAAUAUUCAAGGUGAUCUCAAUGAUAUUUUGGAUAGAUUACAAAAUAUGGUGACCAACGAUUGUUUACUUGAUGAAAGUAUAAGCGUUGACAAUAAUUGUGAAUUAAAACGCGCAGCAACGGAAAUGGAGGAUUUAUUAACAGGAUUAAUUGAAGGAAUGGAAUCUCGUAAAACAAAAUUAGCAACGAUCGUUUAAAAAUUAUUCUAAUUUUCAAUACCGUCCAUAAUUGUGUACUGAAUGAAUUUUUAAAUGAUUUUACAAAGAAUAUUGUAAUAAUUAUCCAAAAAAAAGAAACAUUAACACGUACUAUA